UAGUGCAGUGAAGCGGGGACGGUCACGUGACUUUGGAUGGAUUUCCUUUUCAGUCCUCGCGCUGCUUGAACAUGCUCCGGUUGUUUAGUAAAGUUAAAUGUUCAUCCUGUUUUUUAUUCCCAUGUCUCCUGUUACAGUGGAUGGAAAUUCGGGCUGUCUGAGCUGCACUAACGUCCAUGAGCAAAGUUCUAUCCAACAUCCCAUUCUGAUUCAGUCUAUCAGGUGGUUUGACAGUGCGUCCUGAUCUUCUGAGCACAGGUGAUUGGUCACUUUGCUCAACACUGUCCUUAACAGAAAGAAGACAAAGGUGGAUUUGAACUGAAACCUAAAAGUUAUAUCUGGAGGAAGACGAAGCUCACCUGAUUCCAGCAAACAUGGAUGGAAGACCCAUCUGUGACCAGUGUGGAAAAACGUUCACCUCAGCAAAUAACUUAAAAAUCCACCAUCGCAUCCACACUGGAGAAAGGCCAUAUGACUGUGACCAGUGUGGGAAGACUUUCAUCUCAGCAAGUCACUUAAAAAUCUACCAACGCAUCCACACUGGAGAAAGACCAUAUGACUAUGACCAGUGUGGGAAGACUUUCAUCUCAACAAGUCAUUUAAAAAGCCACCAACGCAUCCACACUGGAGAAAGACCAUAUAACUGUGACCAGUGUGAAAAGGCUUUCAUCACAGCAGAUGGCUUAAAAAAACACCAACGCAUCCACACCGGAGACAGACCAUAUAACUGUGACUUGUGUGGGAAGACUUUUACCAGAAUGAAUGUGCUUAAAACCCACCAACGCGUCCACACUGGAGAAAGACCAUAUGACUGUGACCAGUGUGGAAAGGCUUUCACAUCAGGAAGUCACUUAAAAAUCCACCAGCGCAUCCACACUGGAGAAAGACCAUAUUACUGUGACCAAUGUGGGAAGACUUUUACCACAGCACAUGGCUUAAAAGUGCACCAAUAUGUCCACACUGAAGAGAGACCAUAUGACUGUGAUCAGUGUGGGAAGACUUUCACCACAAUGGAUGGACUAAAAGAACAUCUACACAUCCACACCAGAGAAAGACCAUAUAACUGUGACCAGUGUGAGAAGACUUUCACCUCAGCAAGUCACUUAAAAAUCCACCGUCCAAACAGAUUGUGGUCAUCCUCUGCUCUCUCCCAUCAUCAGCGUCGAUGUGAAUCAUCAACAUCUGGACCAAACAGUACCUCAGCAUCAGAUGAGAAGAAGAAACACAGUGUGUCUGAACCAGCAGCACCAACUUCUUCUGACGCAAACAUCAGACUUAAAAACCUCCAGAUCAGGCUUCACAGGAUCCAGAUGUGAAGACAAACACCAGAAUGACAGCAGUGUUUUGUUGUCCUCAGAGUAAAGAAGUGUGUUCUAAUGCACCAUCUUCACAAAACAGUGACAUUACAGAAGCUUCAUCUACCACCAGGUGAAAUGUUCAACUAGUGGAGGUCAACAAGGACCUGGUUUCUAUUCAGAUACUACUUCUGAUUGACUUUGUGGACAUUGAAUCAGUUAGAGGUCACAUUAAGUGAAAAUAUUCUGGCAUUAAUGCAUUUUGUUUUUAAAGAUGACGGAAAAUUCUGAAGGCCGUCUGUCAUUUUGACAGAUUACUGAGGGUAAUCUACCAAAGAAAGGUUUCAAACAAUACUGAACAGAACCUGGACCAGGAUUCCUGGUCUGUCUGUGUCUGAACAAGGCAUCAAACAGUUCAAAACAGCAACCUACCUGUAUAGAAUCAUACAGAACCUGUAUAGAACCCUACAGAACCUGCAUAGAACCCUACAGCACCUGUAUAGAACCCUACAGCACCUGUAUGGAAACCUACAGCGCCACCGUUUACCUCUACACUGAAAACAACACUGUUACUUCUUUCUUUCCCCAUUAGUUCACCUGUAGUGCCCCCUCUGUCCAGUUGGUGCCAGUGUGCAUAUUAAUCAGUCAUUAACAAGUCUUGUGUCAUUGUUUAGCUGACUUUAGCCAAAAUUGUAUGCUACUUUGUUAGCACAAAAUGUCAAGACAGAUGAGACUCCUUAGUUAUUUUCAAAAGUCCAGUAAAUGUGAUGACAUUGAUAAAUAUGAUGAAAAAGAGGGACUAAUGUGGUGGAGGAUAAAGGACAAGCCAAUAAUACACCAGUUCUUAUGGCAUUUGGUGUUCUAUAUGUACACAUUUACAACUUUUUGCAUGUUAUUCAACACCAUUUGAUGGCGUGUCAAUUUACACCAAGAUCUGUGCAGUUUAAGUUCAUCCAACAAAUUGUUCUACUCUUUCUUCACCACCAAUUGUGUAUGUGGGAAUGAACUUGUGCUCAGCCUGAAGGAAACCAUGUGUUGAAUGUGUCAGAGUCCUGAAUCCAUGUGCUGUGGCAUCAGUCAUAAACAACAUGGUGAACAUCAUAUGGUUGAGACACAAUGACUGAUGAGUCAUCAGCAGUUUAGUUCCACACCGAGGCUAACAACAUGAAGGAGAUCACAUUCCAGUCCAGGAGGAAGUCUGUUUACCACAAAGUUUACCACCACCAAAGGAGAUAUGACUGACUGAGGAUCAGAUGAUGUCACAACCAGUCAGUGCUCCAUCUAGUGGUCCAAUCUGGUACUGGUCGGGUCCAGUGUUUUCCUGAACAUCCACCUGGUUUCAGCCUUUUUCCACUGGUCUAACCCUGACCUGCAGAGUGUGUUUGGUUUGAUCGAAAAUGUGUUGAACUUUUGGUGACUGUGGUAAAGAAGAACUGCUGGAUGCAUCAGAAAGUUCAGGACAUCAGUAAAACUUUUACAAAUAUUUAGUCAUGUUAUAGUUGUGUUUUAUUACCCCACCCCCCGAAGGGGAGGCAAGGACUAUUGUUUUUGGUUCAGU